AUGGCUCCCUCGAUUUGGGAAAAGGCCAAGGUGGGCGGCAAGAAGGGAUUCGACAAGGCAUGGAAUACGGUCGAUAAGCUAGGGGCGCCGGUGAAUCGGUUGUCGAAUCGCGUUGGGGCGGAGGCUUUCUGGCCCAUGACUCUCGACAAAGAAAGCGACAAGGCAGCUCGCAUCAUGCGCAGCUUCUGCAAAGAUGGUUUCUAUACCAAAGAAGAUUUGGAGCAAAACGGUACGGACAGCAAUGGGAAGAUCAAUCGUCCCAAGGGUAAGCAGCGAGUGAUGAAGAAGAUCCCCGCGCCGGUGAUCCAACGCGCAGUGGGCCUCGCCAUCUUCACGACAAUGCGAACGGGAUUAUGGCUGAGUGGUUCGGGUGGAAGCGGUGUGCUUUUGGCUCGCAUUCCUGAAACAGGCGAAUGGAGUCCACCCUCCGGUAUCAUGCUGCACACCGCUGGUAUCGGUUUCCUGGCCGGGGUGGACAUUUAUGAUUGCGUGGUCGUUAUCAACACCUUCGAGGCACUGGAAGCAUUCAAGAAAGUGCGGUGUACUUUGGGAGGAGAGGUCAGCGCGGCGGCUGGUCCCUAUGGGGUGGGAGGUGUCCUGGAGUCGGAGGUUCACAAGCGACAGGCACCCAUCUGGACAUAUAUGAAGAGCCGGGGUCUAUACGCUGGCGUCCAGGUGGACGGAACGAUCAUCAUUGAACGCACAGACGAAAAUGAGCGUUUCUAUGGCGAAAGGAUAUCCGUCACCGACAUUCUGGCCGGCAAGGUGAAGCGGCCACCACGGUCCAUCAAGACCCUCAUCCAGACGAUCAAGGCCGCGCAAGGUGACAGCGAUGUGGAGGAGAACUGGAUUCCUCCCCCGGGACAGACGCCGGGCGAUGUCGAAGUUCAGCCAGCGACUCCGUUCGGAGUCCCUGAUCCCGAUGACCCGGAUCCAUUCGGGGUAAAGGCUCUGGAAGCCGAAGGCUUGUUCAUCCGCGAAGCCGGGACUCGAUCGCGACCGUCGCAAGAUGUCUUUGAAUUCAAACCCAGUCCUCAGAGUCCCAUCUAUUCCACCUUCCGACGGAGUUUGGAUAGCUCCCCACGCAGCAGUUGGAGAGCGAGCGUUCAAAGCCACGCCAGUGUGGAUCGAGGGACGCAGACCGACGAGGCCCCCUUUACUGCUUCUACAUCAGUCAGUCGCGCCUCUUCAAGGAGCACCCGUGCAGAUCGUAUCGGGCGCAGUCCGUGGGACGCAGAGGACGGCUGGGAUACCGUGAUACCGGAGCGGCCGGCCCAUCUCACCCGGCAUCGAGAGUACGACAGUGAUCAGGACUCUGUGGACGAUGACUAUGAGGUCCACGAGGUCAGUAGUGCUACCGUCUCCAAGCGUGAGAGCACCACUCCCUCUUCCCCUGUGUCCAUUGAGGACACAACAGCUCCUCCAGAGCUGAAACGUCAUUCGCCCACAUUCACCCGAGCCCGGCUGGUCACCAUUCCAAAGCGCUUGCCUCCUGCUCUACCACCCCGAAAUCCUCAUCGGGACCCAGUUCCCAUGUCACAAUCAACCCCCACUUCUCCCACUUCCUCCACUUCCUCCUCUCCGAACGGCAGACGAUCCGUGGCGUCCCACCCUGAUAACUCAACUGUAAAUGGCUUUGCCCAACUUCCUCUCCACCCUAACAAUUACUCCUCGUCAAGUCUUCUGUCGAAAGAGACUCCUCAAUCGCACAACCAGGUGUCCGCUGAGAAAGACGAAUUCCACUCCGUCGCAAGCGCUCAAGCAUCGGACGAUGAAGCCGAGCCUGAUACUGCGACCGUCAAUGGCUUUCACAGGGAAGGUUCUAAUGAAGACAUCAUCUCUGACUCGGCUCAGAGUGACCACGCAGCUUUGCCAGCAACCAAAGGAGUUGCAAACACCACAACGCAGGAGCCUGCUCCCAAGCCUGAAUCAAAUGAUGCGACCUUUGAAGAGACAAAGUCUGUCUCCGAAAGUGGAAGCCACAGAACGUCGGAGCCCGCUCAACGCGCGUAA